GUCGCGUUGCUACGUUGGUAGUUGUGUCCGACACUCCAGUUGGUGUAGUUGUGUGCAAGCGCGAGUGAGAUGGCAUCAACCGGUCGCCAGUUAUUUUUGAGCAAACGAGUCGUCACCGCAGCGGGAGUGGCAGAUGGUGGAGUGCUCGUCGACAACGGCCAAAUACAAGAUAUACUAACCAGACACCAAGCGAAUACAUUUAUCGCAGAAAAUGAAGAUAUUAAAGUUGUGGAUGGUGGUGAUCUGGCGUUGAUGGCUGGCGUGGUAGACUCACAUGUGCACGUCAAUGAGCCCGGCCGCACCGCUUGGGAGGGGUUCCGCACCGCCACCAGUGCAGCCGCCGCUGGAGGCAUAACUACCAUCGUUGAUAUGCCUUUGAACUCAAUUCCACCCACAACUACUGUAGAGAAUCUUAAAAUAAAAGCUUCUUCGGCGCAAGGCAAUGUUUUUGUAGACGUUGGAUUCUGGGGCGGUGUGAUCGUCGGCAAUCAGGAUUCUCUCAAGGACUUAGUGAAGGCAGGUGUUGUAGGUUUCAAGUGUUUCCUCUGCCCCAGUGGAGUUGAUGAGUUCCCUAACGUGGAAGCUGAAGACCUGGAGAAAGCAUUUGCAGCUCUCGAGGGUACUGGAUCAUUGUUGGCGUUCCAUGCGGAGGUACAAGAAGAUAAUGAAGAGACCGACAACAAAAUCCUAAAAAAAGACCCAGAGGAAUAUGCUACAUAUUUAGAAUCACGACCCCCAAAAAUGGAAUUAGACGCAAUAUCACUUAUUUCAAGCUUCUUGGAUAAAACCGAUGUCCGUGUCCACGUGGUGCAUGUCUCGUCAGCGAGCGUGGUGCCUCUGCUGAACAAAGCGCGGCAGCAGAGGGUGGCAGCCGGCAACACAGCCUGGCGGGGCGGAGUCACCGCUGAGACUUGUCACCAUUACUUAUUUCUUAACGCUGAACAGAUACCACGAGGCCGUAGCGAAUAUAAAUGUGCACCGCCUAUCAGAGAUUUGGACAAUAAGGAAAAACUGUGGCAAUAUUUGCUAGAUGACAAACUGGAUAUGGUGGUAUCUGACCACUCGCCUUGCACUCCUGAACUCAAGUGUUCUAAUAACUUAGAAGCUUGGGGAGGAAUAUCGUCUGUGCAGUUUGGUCUAUCGUUAUUCUGGACUGAGGCAAGUGCACGUGGAUUGGAUCUGACUUCGAUCAGUAAAUACAUGUGCUCUGCUCCGGCGCAACUCUGCGGAAUCCAGCAUCGCAAGGGCGCCCUCAAAAUAGGCCUCGACGCAGAUCUCAUCUUCUUCGACCCUGACGCACAAUUCACGGUCACCGCUGACAUUAUACGACACAAAAACAAGCUAACACCUUACAUCGGAAAAACGUUAAAAGGAGUUGUGAAGAAGACAUACCUUCGCGGACAGUUGAUAUAUGAAGAUGGUGAACUUGUUGGAGUACCUAAAGGAAAUUUAUUGCUCAAACAAGUGUAACAUAAGGAGUAACUUAAAUAGAUUAUAUAGAUAGAAAAUUAUGUUAUAGUUGAUUUUUAUUUAAGAACACUUACUUAUAAGUAACAAGAGACUUUGACUACCAAUAACAGGGUAUCAGAGAGUUGGGUGCUUUAAUGUCAUAAUUAUCUUUUUAGUAAAUAACUAUCAAUGACAUUUGAAUAAGGCAUCAAAGCUCAACAACCCCACCAUAGGAGACGCUCAGGUUAUGUAGUAUGAAAAUGAAUUUUAUUAUAAUGUAAAGAGAAUUGUACGAUAAUAAAAUCCAGUAUGAACUCGCAA